GAUUUUAUUUUAAAAUUGUUAAAUAAGGAUAAUGGGUGGUGGUUAAACUAUCAGUAAUAGUUAAACAAUAAAACUACAUAAAAAUAAAUAACAAACAAUUUGUUGUUUAUUGUCAUCCACAACAAGUGUUAAUAAUUGAUUUUAGUCUCCAAAAUGCAUAAAAUUUUGCAUUUGGAUCUCAAAGGAGCGCCUAUGAAAAUCCCUUUUUUCGAGGAGGUGAUCAAAUCUCCCGUUAAAUGGGGCUGUACAGGAGUUUUGAUAGAGUGGGAGGACACGUUUCCUUAUACCGGUGAGCUUGCAGAAAUUGGCAGUAAUGGGUCCAGCUGUGGUGACAAUAUGUACACUAGAGAGGAAGCGAAGUAUAUAAUAAAGUGUUCAUAUGAUUUGGGCUAUGAUGCGAUUCAAUUAAUACAAACAAUUGGACACAUGGAGUUUGUCCUCAAGCAUCCCAAGUUCAAACGUCUUAGGGAAGAACGUAAGUCACCAUCUGUUCUGUGCCCAUCUCGUCCAGAGUCCCUCAGCCUUGUAAAAGAGAUGCUACGACAGGCGAUGGAUUUACAACCGGAUGCCAGAUACAUUCACAUUGGAGCCGAUGAGGUUUGGCACACAGCGGUUUGCGACGAAUGUAAAAAACGAGCCAUGUCUAACGAGCAUGGGGUACCGUCGAUAUUCUUGGAGCACAUACGAGAAAUUGUCACGUUCAUCAAAAAGUACUCACAAGUACCAGUGACUGUCCUGAUGUGGGACGACAUGCUACGGACCAUCAACGUAGAGACCUUGAAACAUUACAAAAUAGGAGAUUUGGUCCAGCCGGUUAUAUGGAAUUACAAUGUUAAGGAGCAUUUCCAUUUCUCGCCACAGAUGUGGACUUCAUACGAACAGAUAUUCACAUUUGUAUGGGCUGGAUCUGCUUAUAAAGGAGCCAAUGGGAGUUGCAAGAUGGCGUCACCCAUCGCCCGUUAUGCCAGCAACCAAGAGGGUUGGAUGCAUUUGAUCAAAAACAACAAAUAUAAAGUUAGUUUCUCCGGAAUGGUCUUUACAGGAUGGUCGAGAUAUGAUCACUACGCUACCAUGUGCGAGCUGAUGCCGGUGGCGUUUCCGAGCUUGGCAACUUGUAUGAAUUAUUGGACUGAAAUAUAUAAGCGGAAUGAUGAUAACAUUGUUAUAAUCGACGACUUGCCGCUAAUAGAAUGGCCCGGAAUGUAUUUGGCGGAGAUGAUCAUGCACAGGCUUGCGAACUUAAAGGAUCAAUCGAACAACCUCAUACAUGGAGACAUGGUAGCGACUUGGCUGAACCCUUGGCAAUUGGAACAUUCAUUCACGAGUCCGGUACAAGUGGAAUGCAUCAAGAAUACUGCUGAGACAUUAAUAAACCAUUUCAAAGAAAUACAAAGGCCACUAAUAGCUCAUUUGAAUUUGAUAACUGGUAAAAGAAGCGUUGCAGAAUGGAUGGGAACUAACUUCACACCAACAGUAAACGGGCUUGAGAAGAUACAUGAAGCGGCAUCCAACCGUAUCAAAGCUGGAGCAAGCGUUAAACCUAAAUAAAUUAAUAUAUAUAUAUAUAUAUAUAUACUUUUUGGUGGGAAA